CCCAUCACAAUCUAGAAUUAGAACCAACCUGCCGCGAUGCACCGGACGUGGUGGCCGGACCUCCCGCCGGAGUUGCUCCGCGAGGUCUCCACCCGUCUGCACGUCGCCGCCGAUUUCGUCCGCUUCCACGCCGUGUGUAAGCCAUGGCGCGACUCACAAGGACCAUCGACGACGACGGGGGCUGGUCAGCUCCUGCCGUGGCUUCUGGCGCCCAGCGACAAGGGCGACGGCUGCCUCAACUUCAGAUGCGUCUUCUCCAAGACAAGCUACGUCGCGCCGCCGCUCAAAUCUGGUGGCACCGGGAAGAAUACGGUGGCCUUCGCCGACGGCACCGCCGUCCGCUACUUCACUGCCUCUGGUCCCACCGGCCGCCCAACCCUCGACGACCCUCUCGCCGGAGGGUCACCCACCCACCUGCUGCCUGCUCUCUCCCCGCACGGGUUGGGGAAGAAUCCCAAUGGCAUCAUCUACAAGGAUGGCGCCGUCCUUCUGUUCAGCAAACACGACAUCAUCGACACAUUUACCGCCGAGUUCAGGGCGGCGCUGCUGCGUCCGGGCGACGCCGAGUGGAUGUUUGUCCACAGGACCCUCGAACUCCCGUCCGAUGGAGAGUUCUGUGUAGCGUAUCACAAUGGCAAGAUCCAUGUGAGCGUUGAGGACAGCCUGAUCUGCUGGCACGUCGUCAGCGUGGCAGAGCAGUCCACAGCCGCAACCAACAGCGACGAUGUGCUGGUUCCUAGGCCAUGGUCGAUGCCGCGCCUGCGUGACGGCUACUUGUACGAGCACAGCUAUGUGCUCGAGUCCCGCGGCGAGCUUCUGUGGGCGUCGGUGCACAUCUCAAUGAAUUACCCCGUUCAAGGUAAGAAUGGCGUUAACGACCUCGUCGGCGCACUCUCGAUGUCCGUGCACACGCUUGAGGAGGUGGUCGCCAAGGGGCCGGAAAAGUUGAUGUGGACGACGAAGGAUGGCCGGAGCCUGGAGGACCGCGUGUUGUUUCUGGGGUGGCCCAAUAGUUUCGCCAUGGACGCGGCGGGUCUAGGCUUGAGCGGUGGGUUCGCCUACUUCUCCUACUACGACGACCAGGGAGGCCGCCUGCCGCAGGAGCGAUGUGGUGUGUUCAGGUACAACCUCAUCGACAACACGACAGAGUUUGUCGAGUGGCUGCCCAGAGGAUGGGACUACAACAUGUUCAUGUGGCUCCUGCCACAGCUCACAAUUGCUCCAGUCCACCAGGUUCCCAGAAGCAAUAACACUUGCGUUGGGGUGUUGACGCCCAGCCUACCUCUCACUCUCUCAGUGCCAAGACCUCUGUGCUGCAACACUUGUUCAGCAUGUUCAGUAGGCUGUUUGGUGGCAAGGUGAUAUACUAGAAGAAGACGGAGGCUUCAUCGCCAUAUGCGUUGCAGAGGUGAGCAUGCAUGGUUAAACAGAGGUGUCGACGGAGUAAAGUUGUUUCCACAUGGAGUAUGAGGAGAUGUGAUUCGCAAAAAAAAAAAAGAGUAUGAGGAGAUGUAGUUCGAGUGCUCGACUAUAAUGAUUGUCUAAAUUGAUUUCCUAUAAUAGUUAUCA